AUGUCUUUGAACGAUGUGGUGAUCAGUGGUAUGUCCGGUCGGUUCCCACUGUCGGACACCACCGACGAGUUGGCAAAGAAUCUGUUCGACGGCACGGAUAUGAUCACCGGUGAUGACACGCGUUGGCCAAUAGGUAUAUAUAGUACUAUGAAAUAUAAUCAGGGCCUAGUAGUUUUAAGUAAACUAAAUGAUCUCAACUUGAACGACAUAUGUCCGCGAAUGGGAAAGAUUAUGGACUGCAAUCGGUUUGACUCAUCAUUUUUCGGACUAAUGGAGCAAAUGGUAGAUGAGAUCGACCCCCAGGCCCGCAUGCUUCUGGAGAUCACGUAUGAGGCUAUAGCCGAUGCAGGUAUAAAUCCGCAGGAGUUGCGGGGCAGUCAGACGGGUGUGUACGUAGGCGUCUCCAUAUACGCCAUGACCGAUGGCUACCCGGAGGACAUACAGCCGGACUUGCGGUCGAGUCUGCAGAGCGCUAUGUUGCAGACGACGGCAAACACGAAGACUUUCUACGCCAGUCGUAUAUCCUAUGUCUACGACUUCAAGGGGCCGUCGAUGAUAGUGGACACCGCCUGCUCGGCCGGUCUGUCCGCCAUGACUCUGGCCAUGAAUGAUAUGCGACUCGGUCACAUCGACAACGCCGUCGUGUGCGGCACUCACAUGCUAUUCGAGCCAUUCAUAUACCAGUUUCAACAGGAGUUGAAUAUAUGUUCGCCGAGAGGUGUGGCCGCUGUGUUGGACAGGGAGGCGGACGGCUUCGUGAAGGGGGAGUCGGUGUGCUGUGUGUUCCUACAGCGCCGGCACAACGCCCGACGCAUAUACGCCACCGUACUGUCCAGUCGUAUGAAUAUCGACGGCAAUAAGACGGUCGGCAUGUAUUUCCCAUCGGCUGAGGCACAGGAGGAGCUCAUGGUUAAGUCGUAUAGCGAGGUCAAUGUUGAUCCACUGGCGCUCACCUACUUUGAAGCCCACUGUACCGGCACUAAGGCCGGGGAUCCUCAGGAGUUGAAGGCUAUAUACAACGCGUAUUGCAAACGGCCGGGUCGUACGGAGCCGUUGCCAUUG